AUAAUUCUAACUAGCAUCUACAGUAGGGUUGGUUUCGAUUUCUGACUUGAAAUUCCCCGAUCUCGUGGGUUGAUUUUCCAAGUUGCAAGCUGCUAAACCGAAACCAACUAUAAAAGAACCUUGCCCACCCCAUCAUUCUUCACAUCACAUUCCUCGCAUAGAAGAAUCGCACACAGUUGCUAGAAAGUAAAAGCCUUAGAUACUCAACAAAUCUUGGCUUUUUCUUUCCAUUAGAAACCAUGACUUCCAACCGUAGCUUGAAGAUUGUCCUAGCUCUUUCAAUAUUUGCCUUCUGCUUGCAAGCAACCCUAGGGGAAAUAACAUGUGAACACCUUGACCAAGACACCUGCGCCUACGCAGUAUCGUCUACAGGCAAGCGCUGUGUGCUAGAGAAGCACGUCAAAAGGAGCGGAGAGGAAGAGCUAACUUGCCGCACAUCUGAAAUUGAAGCUGAUAAGAUCAAGAACUGGAUUGAAAGCGACCAGUGUGUCAAAGCAUGCGGGCUCGACAGAAAAUCCUUUGGCAUCUCAUCAGAUUCCCUCCUCGAGUCUGGCUUCACAGAAAUGCUUUGCUCACCUCAGUGCUACAACAACUGCCCCAACGCCGUCGACCUUUACUUCAACCUGGCCGCCGGAGAAGGUGUUUUUCUUCCAAAAUUAUGUGAGGCACAAGGAGCAAAUGCACGCAGAGGAAUGGCUGAGAUCCAAAGCUCUGGUUGGGUUGCACCAGGACCCGCCAGUGGCGUGAAGUUCUGGGGAGUGGCCCCAGCAAUGGCACCAUAUUAAAUCUUGAUUAAGUGGAAUUUUUACAAAAUCUUAGUAGUUUACAAUAAAAGAAAGCUGCACUAGGGUUUAGAAACAGGGCUCAAGUGCAUGGACCAGCUUAAUUUGGUGUGUGCAUGUGAGCCAUGAGCUUGAUGUGUUCAAUCCAGUAAGGUGCUACUUUCUAGAUAGAUAUGUUACGAGGUUGUGUGGUAACAUACCCAGGUUUUUUUAGUAUUUGCUUAUUGUAAUGGGUAUGAAAAACCAAAUUAUGAAAUACAGAUUUAUAACAGAUUUAUAGUUUUAUUUACGUGAUUAAUUACAAUCUUUCUUUUUAUUAUUAUCAUGGGAUGAAAAACGAUCAAAAGGAGAAAACGCAAUUCCAUUUAUAAUAGUCAAAACUCAAAUGGGGAUAAAUAUUUCCAUUAAAUUGAAAAAAUGGAAACUGAUGAAUUUGGGAAAACUUCUUCAACCUUUUUUUUUUUUUUUUUAAUUUUUUAAACUUAUGGUAGAAGAUGUGUACUCUAAGAUACAUGAAUGAUCAUAAUCCUAAAACUUCUACCAAGACUAAAUCAUCCACACCAAAAAAAUAUCUUCUUUAAUAUUUACAAUUUCUUCUUAUUAUUUUUUGUUACAAAAUAAGAACAUGCAUAAGGAUAUAUCAUUCACUAAAUAUAAUACUAAUUAAUGAUAAAUUAAUAAACGUACAGAAGGUAAACCAUAUAACGGCAUUUGCUUAAUGAUGGUUUAAUUAACAUUCAAGCUUACCGUUGAUAUCCCAAUAUAACUUUAGCUUAAUGGUAAGAAG